GUGGUAAGCCAGGAUGGCGGAUAUUCCGGAUAUACUGGCAUUGUGUACGAGAAUUUACUUCCUGACGCCCCUUGAUCCAGAUCCAUGAAUUUGACGCAAGCACUCCUGUGACGUAACCUCGAUCGGUCCGCACAACCAGCGCGAGUAGGAUCAUCCCAUCAGAUCUCGAGCAGUUCCUUCUGCCCAUGUGCUCGCAUCCGGAGGCCAGCUACGUCGACACGGCGAUAACUCACCCCAUUGCGAUACGACUGACUGCGUCUCGCCGAAAAUGUCGAUUGUCAAGACCAUCUGUGCAGCCCUCGAGCGCAUUGCUCCCAUUCGCCUCGCAGAGAAGUGGGACAAUGUUGGGUUGCUCCUGGAGGCCCCCCUUACGCGCCCGCAAGCAAACCGUAUUCUCCUGACGAUUGAUCUUACGCCAGCGGUAGUCACCGAGGCCCUCGACACGCCCACAGCAUUCAUAGUCUCCUACCACCCAACCAUCUUCCACCCCCUCAAGUCCCUGACGCUCUCAAACCCGCUGCAAGCCUCCAUCUUACGCUGCGCCACCGCAGGCAUCUCAGUAUACUCGCCUCAUACAUCCCUGGACUCGUUCGUCGGUGGCAUCAAUGACUGGCUUUGCCUGGGCUUGAACGACCAGGCGGUCCCCAAGAGCGAGCACAUCAGCUACAUCGGAGAGGACAAGGAGGGACUCGGUGGGCUUGGUCGGAUCAUCACCUUCCCUCACCCGGUGAGCAUGAAUGAGCUGCAGAGACGCGUCAAGGCGCAUCUCAAACUGGAACACAUCCAAGUAGGCUACACCGCCGCGCGCGACCUGUCGACCGUACGCUCCGUCGCGGUAUGCGCCGGCUCCGGUGGCUCAGUCCUCCUCGGAGUGGACGCCGACGUCUACUUCACGGGUGAGAUGGCGCACCACGAAGUCCUCGCAGCACUCGGGACUGGUCACAAUGUCUUGCUUUGCGGUCACACGAACACCGAGCGGGGCUUCUUGCCUGUGCUCGCGGAACAUCUGAAGCGCCAGCUCACUAACGAGCUACCGAACUUCGAGAUACAUGUUAGCAAGGAGGAUCAUCACCCGCUGGCCAUCGUCUAGAAAUGCAAGCUUGUGUCACUGCACCGCUGAGGGCAUUUCACUCAGUUGAGCCAGGA